UGUCCGGAAGAAGGGCUGUCGGCAUGGCGGAUAUAUUUUUCACUUCAUGUUUUGCUUUUUAGUGUUUCGAUUUAAUAUCAUGACAUUGGUAAUCAGCAUUUGUCCCCGCGGAGCUGCAGUGAGCCGUCCCCUCUGACACUGAAGGCUGUUUUCAGGCGGCGCAGCUGCGGGCCGGAGCGGCGGUUCCCCCGCUGUCUGUCUGUCCGUCUGUCUGCACACGUCGAGACUUGUGACCCAGUUUGAUUUGUUUUCAUAGACCGACCUGAGUGAGAUAAAACAUCAGGAGCCUGAGCACAGACCAAAGUGGGUGACGUCUUUAUCCAGUGACUCUUCUUAAGUCAGAGAAGAAGUAAAAUUAUCAUAAGUGGGGGGAAAAAAACUCCCCAGACCCUCACAAUGGGUGAAGUAACUGUAGAAGUAGGUGAGGAGGUGAUGAAACAGGAACCACUCCCAGAGCCACUCCUAAUAAUCCUGUCCCCACCUCCACCGUUCUUACCUGUGUCUGGUGAACCGACCAUGGCCUGGCAUAAGUGGCUGAGAGCUUUUGAACACUAUGUUGAAGCGCUUGGUGAAACCGAGCUUGUCGACUCCACUAAGUGUAUGCUCCUACAGAACUGCCUCGGCCCAGAGGGUCAGCGCAUCUUCACAACUCUGAUCCAGAGUGAAACCACGUACGCUGCAGCCAUAUCAGCUCUGACGGUUUACUUCAACUCCAAUCUCAGCUCUCAGAUGUACCGCCUUAGAUUUCAUCAGAGGGCUCAGAUGCCCGGAGAGACUGUAGAUCUGUUUGUGUCUGCGUUAGAUGAACUGCUUAGGCUCUGCAGCUAUGGAAACUUUCAAGAAAAACUUAUCCUGGAUCAGCUGAUUGCGAAAACCAACUGCCCACAACUCAGAGAGAGGCUGCUGAUGGAGAGGGAGACUCUGACCCUGGAUAAGGCGUUGGCUAUUGGUAAAGAGGUUGAAUCUGCUUUAAAUGACUCUGAAGUGUUUGGUUUUCAUGAAGUCAGUGUGGACAUUGGAGACGAUUUGGACCCUCCUGUUCCGGUCAAACGCAAAAGAGGACGACCCCGGCGUGGGGAGGAAAGGCCGAAAAAAACAACAAAACCACGUCCAACUAAAACCCCUAAAUUAUCAUCUAGAUACAAAGAUAAUUACUAUUACAGCAACGACAAGCUUUAUUAUAGUGAAAACGAAGGUAAGACUCAGAGCACUAAGGAGACUCAUCAGGCUUCUGAUGAAGCAAACAAUAAAGCUGGAAAUGAUGAUAACGGAGCCUUGUCGUCAUCAUCAUCAUCAUCAUCAUCAUCAUCAUCAUCAUCAUCACAGAGGGUGGAAGAGGAAAACUGUGACAAAGCUAGUGAUGAUGUUGACGAAGAUGAAGACUUUGCCCUUUCCCCGUCUAAUGUAAAAGGCCCCUACUGUCCCAUCUGUGUCGGCAGGCGCUUUAGAGAUGCAAACAAGCUUGGCAGACACAUGAGAACGCACACAAAGGAGAAACCCUUCAGCUGCCCGGUCUGUGCCAUGACCUUCAGCCAGUCCUAUCACAUGACCCGACACAUGAGGAACCAGCACGGUGCGGGCCAGUUCGUCUGCUCCACAUGUGGGAAAAGUUUAGGGAGCUUAGCAGAGCUGCAAAGUCACAAGAGGACACACGUGUUGAAAGUUUUGGCGUGUCCCGACUGUCCAGAAAAAUUCACCAACAAAGAUGUGUUUAUUUGUCAUGUCAUGUCACAUGGCACAGACCUGUCCAUCCUGCCCACCCUGACAGAGGCACAGAGCUCCCAGACGAGCGAUGACCUGAAAAAUCAAGAAAUAAUCGAAUUGCCCGAGAAGGAUAAUGACGAUGUUGCUGAAAAUAAUGCAGACGCUGAAAAUGGUGAUUCUCAGGAAAAACAAUCUGAAGUAGUUGUUGUCAAAAUGGAAGAUACCUCUGCUGAUGAAGAGGCCAAACCUCAAGAUGAAGGCAGUCAGAAAGAAAAGGUCGGCAAAAAAAGAACUAAAGGCCAUUUCUGUCCCAUCUGUGUCGGCAGGCGCUUCAGAGGGCCAAACAAACUCGCCAGACACAUGAGAACACACACAAAGGAGAAACCGUUCAGUUGCCCGGUCUGCGCAAUGACCUUCAGCCAGAACUACCACAUGACCCGACACAUGAGGAACCAGCACGACAUGGGCCAGUACAUCUGCUCUAAAUGUGGGAAAAGUUUAGGGACCUGGUUGGAACUGAAAGCACACAAGAAGACUCACGCGAUCGAAGGCUUGACGUGUCUUGCAUGCGAUAAACAGUUCAAGGAGAAGUCCGCACUUGUGAGUCAUCUUAAGUUACACAAGAAGGUCCAGUCCAGCCCUCGUAGCCUCACCUGUGGCGACUGCGGCAAAAUAUUUGGUCGAAUGUAUCAUCUGAAACGGCACAUAGUGACCCAUCGCAAAGCAUCAAACGGAGAGUGUUACACGUGCCCUGAUUGUCAGAGGACUUUUGCCUUCCCAGAGGACCUUAACAAACACAUGGAGAUUCAUGUCAAAGAAAAUAACGGGACUUGUUCGAAAUGUGAUGAAACCUUCUGUAGUCAAGAAGAGUUGGAGGUGCACAUGGAGAUUCAUAACAAGACAUAUGCCUGCAACACCUGUGGGAAGAAGUUUAAGGUCGAGUACGCGCUGAAGAAGCACGAGCAAAGCCACCAGGACGAACAGUAUUAUUGUUCGUUGUGCCGCAAACACUUCAUGAAGCUGUCUCACUACAAGAGGCACAUAAUGGUCCACAACAGACGGGAGACGAGAUGUCCGCACUGCGACACCGUCUUUCUGAAGUUAACAGCUUUGAAGUAUCACCUGCGGACUCAUACAGAAGAAAGACCAUACCAGUGCACUUGUUGUAUCGAGACCUUUGAGGAGAAGGAAGAUCUAGAGCAGCACUGCCUCAGACACAGGAAGUUCAAGAGGGAGCGGCCGUACUCGUGCACUCGGUGUGAUGCAGCUUUCUCCGCACUAAUUGAGCUGACGGACCACAUGAGCUUGCACGAGGGAGAGCAGCCAAUGAACUGCCCCGUCUGUGGCAGGACUUUCCUGAACAAGAGCAAGCUGGAGAAGCACUUGAGCAUCCACACGGGGGAGAGGCCUCACCUCUGCUCCAUCUGCGGCAACGGCUUCCCUUCGGCCGCCAGCCUCAAGUUACACAUCCACAUCCACACUGGAGAGAAACCCUUCCAGUGUUCACAGUGCAGCAAAAGCUUCAGGUCGUCCAGCGGACUGCGGCUGCACAGCAGGCAGCACAUGGAGGUGCGGCCCAGCUUUGAGUGUCCUGAGUGCGGCAGGUGUUACGGUCGGAUGACGGAGCUGAAGAUGCACCAGCGCUAUCACACAGGGGAUAAACCGUACGCAUGCACCUGCUGCAGCAAACGCUUUAUUAGCAAAGACAAACUGAACGUCCAUAUGAGGAUACACACAGGGGAGAGGCCGUAUUGCUGCCCCCACUGUGGACAGACAUUUACUCAGACUGGGGACAGAAACAGACACAUCAGUAAAUACCACUAGUUAGAUACUAUAGAGACAGAGCUCCCGAGAAGCUUAAGUUGUUGCUUUUGAAUGAUCGUGCCAGUGGUUUUGCAUGUUUACAAGCUGGUAGCAGUAAGGGUCAACUCAGAAUCAGAUAUGUUGCCUUAUUAUUUGGAUAAUAAUAAGAAACCAAUAUGUAUUGAAAGUUAAACCAGGCAGAUUUAGGCUGCCAUGAAUACUAAAAUGUCAAAUUACAAGCCCAUGCAAUUGUUUUUAAGUAAAAUAGAGAAUAAUAAAGGUAUUCUCUGUAGAAAAGAAUAUAAUCCAAACAAUUACAACAAGAUAAGGCCUAAUUGUCACAGUAUCAACAAAGAUAAAGCAUUACAGGUUCUGUAGAUUAUGUUUUGCUUAGGAUGGGAUCAUUUAUUAACUAGUACAUAUAUCAUAAUUUUCAUUACCGUAUUUUUAAACCCAGUUCAGGCCCAAGAUUUGCAAUGAGACAAUUUAAAGAACUACUUGCAGUGAGCCAGUCUGCAAAACUUGCCAGUUUACACCAAUGCGACUCGGUCUGCCCCUCGGAAGUCAGAGAUUCAGAUCAUCGAUUGGAGACCCAUCAGUCAACUGAGACUGCUGCUGCUUCAGG